UGGUAGGGACAGCCCUGAUUGUCACUUUUAAAAUGAAGGUCAUCUUCUCAAUAGUUACGGGUAACACUAUUAAACCCCUCUAAACAGGACAUCCACAGGGUUAAGUAAAAAGUCUGGUUCAUGGGGUAUCCGGUUUAGAGAAGUUCAGUACUGCUAUUUAAAAGGGGACAUGAAAAAGUCUGGUUUUGAGAGACACAACUUUCGCCAAGUUUGUGUUGCUAGAACAUCAGUCAUAGUAUCGCGAUACCCUGUGUUAUGACUUGUGUAGCUAGAUCCCAAACCUACCAGACUUCAGACACAAUAUAGCCGUACCCAGUGUCAUGACUGUAGCUAGAACUAAAUCUACCGGCUUUGAGGUACAGUAUCGCCAUACUCCGUGUCAUGACUGUGUAGUUAGAUCCCAAAUCUACCAGCCUUGAGACAUAGUAUUGCCAUACCCAGUGUGAUGACCGUGUAGCUUGAACCCAAACCUACCAGCAUUGAGACACAGAACCCAAACCUACAUGCAUCAGCCUUCAAACACAGUAUCGCCACACCCUUUGUCAUGACCGUGUAGCUCGAUUCCAAACCUACUAGACUUCAGAUACAAUAUAGCUGUACCCGAUGUCAUGACUGUAGCUAGAACCCAAACCUACUAGACUUCAAAUAUAAUAUAUAGCCGUACCCGAUGUCAUGACUAGUUAGAACACAAACCAUACCCUGUGUCAUGACCUUGUGUAGAAGCUUGAUGCAUUCUAAUUUUGGAAAUUGCUCUUCAUUAAUUUAUUCUGAAAAAGUGAAAGGCGAAUUAAUAUAGAACUCCAGUUGACACCGUCGGACACGUACGCGGGUUAAUCUGCUUAACGUGUACACGUACAGCAAAUGGUUUCUUAAUUCUGUGUUCUGUUUACUCAAGGGGAGCGAGAGGUAAUUACCCUGUAUUCUCGCCACCCACAAUGUUUUUGUUUUUUACAUUAAGCUGCAGCAGACUCGUCCGGUGUAAAACAACAACAAGGGUUCACGGUGCUCCACGUGUGGACAUGUGAAUAUUAUGCAUCCCCAUGUUACAAGUCGAAUUAAUAUAUACUCGUAACUGAUUGCCCCCAGCCCGAACAGGUACCCCAAAACAACCACCAUGGGGUAAUUUUAUGGUUAUAUUUUAUGAUUUAAAAAAAAAAAAAAAAAUUACCCCAUAAUAUAUAACCAUAGCAUACCUUUGAGGUGGUGUUUUAGGGUACCUGUGCCCCACAGACGCUAGCAUCGUCCGAGGCCUAAAGCUUUGCUCUUUCUACAUGUUAUCUUGUAGCCAGGAUUUUAUUCUGGGGGUUUGGGUACCCACACUGUCAUUUAUACGUGUUGUGGAGCGAGAGAUAAUUGUAAAAGGUGGCGAGAUGAAGUGUGAUUUGGAACAUGCCCCCACCCACCCUACGCCAGUGUAUCUCAACCGACCUCAACACGCACUGUUGGCUAUUGAUAUGGGGCAUAUUUGUUUACUGUGUAAUUUACUACUGUGUCACAAGGUAUUCAGACGUCAUUUGCCGCUUGCCUAGAGUUCCGACUGCCUCAACACGGUCAAUAAAACUGGAUCGAAUGUACAGACGUAAAACCUGUUUGCUUAGUUAUUUAUAUACCCGUUCAGAAACGAAAGUAAAUCUUUGGACUUUCCUAAAUUAUUUCUUUUAAAAAUUAUUUAAACUAGAUUAAACACGGUCUUCUCUUGCUAAAAUGAAAAUUAUGAAAAGUAGUCCUAUACUUGUGACAGGUUUACUGUCUAUGGGCAUUCAGCUGGUUUUAAGUCGGGGCUUUUUCAAUUCGUUUUACUAUAUGGCGUCUAAUUUGUUUCAGCAUGAAUACUGUCACGAUCCUUGGAUUUUGUCAAAUUUGACAGGACUGACGCCUUCAAUGGAGAAACACGUAUACGGCCAACACCUGGUCAUGAAAGCUGUUAUUACCCACAUCAAAGGUCACGUGAGAUCUCCUGCCAAGGCUCUUGCUCUGUCUUUCCAUGGCGGGACAGGAACGGGUAAAAACCACGUGAGCAGUCUCAUAGCACAACACCUGUAUAAGGAAGGAAUGAAAAGCAAGUUUGUGCAUUUUAUAUCAUCCACGAGGGAUUUUCCUCAUGAAACAAUGCUCCCAGUUUAUAAGGAUCAACUUCGGAGCUGGAUAGAAGGCAAUGUUAGUGCAUGUCCACACAGUUUGUUUAUUUUUGACGAAAUGGACAAGAUGCCAGUUGGUUUGAUAGACACCAUCAAGCCUUAUUUAGAUUACUAUGAUAACCUUGGUGGUGUAGACUACAAAAAGGCAAUGUUCUUCUUUCUAAGUAACACAGCAGGUCAAGACAUCACAGACCUGACACUAAAACACUGGAAUGACGGAACAAAGAGGGAAGACAUCAAAUUAGUAGAUAUGGAAAGAAUCAUCAUACAAUCUGCAGUGAACACAAAAAGUGGUUUGUGGCACAGCAAUCUGAUCACGAAACAUCUGAUAACGGCGUUCAUCCCGUUCCUGUUCCUAACCAGGAAGCAUGUUAUCGAAUGCAUCAAAGACGACUGUCGUAAAAAACAUUAUUUCAUUUCAGAAGAUCUCAUAAAUAAUGUUAUGGAGGAAAUGAGAUUUUACCCAGAAGACACAUAUGCAUUCUCAGUUUAUGGUUGUAAGAGAGUGUCUGAAAAAGUGGAUUACGUGUAUAUGUACAAUUAAAUAUUUACCAAGGAAAUUUAACAAGCAAUAUACGAUUGUUUUUGUUUUGGGUUUUUUAUUUAUGUGUACUUAUUUAUUUUCUUAUUUAUUUCAUUUUUAUUUGAAAUAUUUUGUUGGAUUUUUCACACACGUUCUCACUUAGCCGUAAAGGGACAGACCCUAGUUUUUAAACACUUAAGACAUAUUGUUCACUAUUAGAGCCGUUUAUGAUCAUUGAAAUCGAACUUUACUUGUAUUUCAUUGUUUAUAUUAUCCAUUUCCAUACAGCCAA